AGGUACCUGAUAAAUUAUUGUCAAAUCCACAUUCUGUCAGUAGUUGCACUAGCUGACAUUUACUAUCAAAAACUUCAUGCUUCCAAAUUUUUGUGUACUAAAUUCCCGUUCCAUGGCAUUAAUGAGCUACGUUGCACCGGCAGCAACACGACUAUUACAGAACGUAUUCCAACCAAGAAAUUUCAAUACAAGUUUAUCACUUGGAGAUAAAGAUAGUCCUCCGGGACCUCCACCCCCAUCAGGCGUGGGUCAUGAUAGGCCUCCUGUAGAAGGCACAUCGGCCAGAUACCUGGAAGAAAUGUACAAUGCUUGGUUGAAGGAUCCAACAAGUGUUCAUCCAUCCUGGGAUGGGUAUUUUCGUAGACUUGGUGCACCGAUUGAGCCAAGGAUUCCAAAAAAAGAACGUUCUCGGGCUAGUUAUGUGUUGCAUGACCAUCCACCGCAUCUUGCAGCUCCAGCCGCAACUUCUGGAUCUGGUGGUGGUGAAUCUGCAAGUUCUACGGAAGAACAUCUGAAUGUACAAGCUUUGAUUAGAAGCUAUCAGGUGCGCGGUCAUUUAGUGGCUCUUAUCAAUCCUUUAGAAGAUAUGUUCGAUAUUACCGAUAAGAAAACAUGUUUAUCAGAAAAAACAGGCAAACAACCCCCGGAGGUGGUGAGAUAUCACAAAAUUACUUCGUCUAUGUGGAACAACCCGUACCAACUGCCACCGUCCUGCAAAGUCGGUGGUAAUUCCGCAAAGUUACCCCUGAAAGAAAUCGUAAAACGCCUGGAACUGUCCUACUGUCGCCACAUUGGCGUUGAGUACAUGCACAUAAACGAUAUUGAAAAGUGCGAUUUUAUUAGAGAAAAAUUUGAAUACCCUGGCGUCAUCGACCUUAGUAAGGCGGAAAAGCGACUGCUGCUGAACCGAUUAGCUAAAGCUGUAAUGUUUGAAGGCUUUUUGCAAAAGAAAUGGGACAACGAAAAAAGAUUCGGUCUAGAAGGAUGCGAAAUUAUGAUUCCUUGCAUCAAAACCGUUAUUGAUUAUGCCGCUAAGCAGGGUGCUGAAAUGGCUAUAGUGGGUAUGGCGCACAGGGGUCGAUUAAACCUCUUGGCGAAUGUAUGCCACAAACCUCUAGAGCUAAUUUUCUCCCAAUUCCGCGGUUUGGAACCUGAAGACCAGGGUGCUGGCGACGUCAAAUACCAUUUGGGAGUUUUCGAUAAAAGAGAACACCCCAUCUCCAAAAAGCCGUUUGCAACAGUAUUAGUUGCUAAUCCAUCUCAUUUGGAACUGAUCAAUCCGGUUGUAGCUGGCAGAGCUAAAGCUGAACAGUUUUAUAGGAACGACGAAGUCGGGGAUAAAGUAUAUCCUAUUAUAGUCCAUGGUGACGCUGCCUUUUGCGGUGAAGGUAUAGUCUAUGAAACAAUAAAUUUGGCCAAUUUAACCGGGUAUCAUAAUGGAGGCACCGUUCAUGUGGUCGUAAACAACCAAAUUGGAUUCACUACUGAUCCGAAGUAUUCUCGAUCGUCUCCUUAUUGUACAGACGUUGGAAGAGUAGUAAACGCUCCAAUAUUCCAUGUAAACGCUGACGAUCCAGAAAGCUGCGUAUACGCAACCAAAGUGGCUGUAGAAUAUAGAGCCAAAUUUCAUACAGAUGUCGUCAUAGAUUUGGUGGGCUAUAGAAGACACGGUCACAACGAAACAGAUGAGCCCAUGUUCACUCAACCAUUAAUGUACAAAAAAAUCCGCGCAAUGCCGAACGUUUUGGAAAAAUAUACAGCGGCCGCUAUUAAAGAAGGUGUAGUAACACAAGAUGAAGUGAAAACGUUUAAAGAGCAAAUUACCAAAGAUAUGGAAGUUGAUUUUGCUAAAGCCGCGAAGCAUACUUCGAUGAGAUUCAGUGAUUGGAUUGACAGCCCUUGGCCUGGGUUUUUCAAAAGCAAAGACCCCAAAAAAAUUGAACCAACUGGAGUUAGCAUGGAGGUGUUAGAGACCAUCGGCAAGAGGUAUUCUGAACCACCACCAGGAGAGUUUGAGCUUCACAGAGGCUUGUUGCGUGUCUUGUCACAUAGGCAAGACAUGGUCAAGAAACAAAUUGCCGAUUGGUCUAUUGGAGAAGCUAUGGCUAUCAGCACCCUCCUAAAGGAAGGUUUCCAUGUGAGACUAUCUGGUGAGGACGUGCAAAGGGGCACUUUUUCACACAGACACCACGUAGUACACCAUCAAUCAAAACCUAUGACUACUUAUCAAUAUUUGGCAGAUUUUUUUCCCAAUCAAGCUCAUUAUACUGUAUCAAACAGUCCUAUUUCUGAAUAUGGUAUUUUGGGUUUUGAGCAUGGGUAUUCCAUGGCUAAACCUGAUCAGCUAGUGAUAUGGGAGGCACAAUUUGGUGAUUUUGCUAAUAACGCGCAAGCCAUGUUCGAUUGCAUGAUAUGCAGUGGACAAUGGAAAUGGAUAAGGCAAUGCGGAUUAGUGGUAUUGAUGCCUCACGGACUAGAAGGGCAAGGGCCAGAACAUUCUAGUGGUCGUAUAGAACGUUUUUUACAAUCAUGCGACGAUGAUGGCGAUCAUCUGCCUCCAGAUACUCCGGAUUAUGUUAUCAAGCAACUGAGGGAAAUUAACUGGAUUAUAGCUAACUGUACUGUGCCAUCAAAUUUGUUCCAUGUUUUGAGAAGGCAAAUGAAAAUGCCUUUCAGAAAACCUUUGGUUAUCUUUACACCUAAAAGCUUGCUAAGACAUCCGGAAGCUCGGAGCCAGUUCAGUGAAAUGGUAGAAGGUAAAGAAUUCCAAAGACUAUUGCCUGCUGUUGGGCCUGCAGCUCAAAAUCCUGGCAAUGCCAAAAAACUAGUAUUUUGCACUGGAAAAGUUUAUUAUGAUUUUAUGAAAACACUCAGAGAGCAAAAGUUGGAAGAUAAGAUUGCAAUUGCGCGUAUUGAACAGCUUUGUCCAUUUCCAUACGAUCUAAUCCUAAAAGAAAUUCAAAAAUACAGUGGUGCUCAAGUAUAUUGGGGCCAAGAGGAGCACAAAAAUUCAGGCUGCUGGGACUACAUGGAACCUAGGCUCAUAACUGCUUUGAAGGGUGCAAAACCUUUAAUGUAUAUCGGCAGAGCCCCUUCAGCUAGUACCGCAUCGGGAAAUAAAAUUCAGUACCAAACCGAGUAUAAACUGCUAAUGGCAGACCUUACAAAGCUGUAAUUAAUUAACUGAAAGAAAUCGUGUUAUAGUGUUAAUGUCUAGUUUAUUUUUUUUAAAAAAAUAAAACAACACAAUAUUAAUUGUUUUAACAUUCAUUAUUUGUAAAUUGUAACAAGAAACAAAGAAAAAUAUUAUUGCACAAGCUGCCUAAAAUAUGACAAACACCGUUUUUUUUUUAGUUGUUCUACAAUAAAAAAAAUGUGAAAUGUCAAGUGCCAUGUUCAGUCUCAAGAGGUUCAGAUCUAACAAAAAUAAUUCAAAAAAUUUAAUCCACAACCAAGUCCCAAGUAUUCAAUUCAGGUUCAGUACAUAAUCUCAUUUCUACUGUGGCGUUUACUUUUUUCCUUGCUACCCCUAAACAAGUUCCUGCUCCCAA